AUGAGUGCUAUUUUUGCAGGAUCAAUGAUAUUUAUAGCUAUCGCUGUUGUUGGUAGCAUCUUCUUUGGUUUUUAUGCAAGAGCAAGAACCGUUGAUAUUACAGCAAAAGGUUCAAAUGCAUGCAUUGCAGUUUUUUCAGUGAUAUUAUCAUGCAUUUGUAUGUGGAUUAUGUGGGUAUGUGCAUAUAUGCAUUAAAUGAAUCCAAUUAUUAUGCCUUUGCUUAAAACCGAUUGA